AUGAACCAGAAAAUAAACGACAGUCGGCUGUUUGGGUGUUCCAAGGUGAAAAAAAGCCAACAAAAGCCAUCAGUUCUCGAAGUGUUUCGAAAAAGAUGGUCGCGACAUUUGUGUCAAAAGCGGGGAACUGUUACUGCGGGUUGGUAUACCAACAUUUGUUUGCCAAAAGUCAUCAUCGAGCUUCGAAAAAUCAACUCCGAAAGAAGAAUCAUCCUCCACCAAGACAAUGCAAGCUCGCACACAGCCCAAAAAACAAGGCAGUAUUUAACGGAAGAAAACGUGGAAUUAUUGGACCAUCCUCCAUACAGCCCCUAUUUAAGUCCUAACGAUUUCUUUACUUUCCCGAAAAUUAAAAACAGACUGCGUGAUCAAAGGGAGUCAUAAGACAUGGUUCAAUACCAUAACCGUCAUCGCCAAGUAGUACAACAUUUGCUUUAUUUAUUAGUUGUGAUCUAGUCUGUGAAUUUCUCCAUACUCUGCAAACAUGCACUGAUCCAGGUCAACUAACAUCAACACUUGUGAACAUCUGUCUGGCAUCACAAGUGGCUUGCACAUUUAAAGUAGGUUUCCCUUUUCGGUUGAUAUACUCACCUCCACGGCGAUUUGGUUUCAGGAUUCCUAUAUGUGUACAAUCAAUUACACCAAUUGCUUUCAGAAAUUUAUGCAUGCUUUGCCAUAUCCGCUUGGCCUCCAUCAGUUCAUGGUUGGUAGUUGGAAACUUGAUCCAUUCGUUCGACUGUGCAACUAUGCUGUUUACAACUCUAUCCACAGUCAGAGAUACCCUUGCUUGACUAACACCAAGUUCCUGACCAAUACCUUGUUGAUAUCCAGGGUCACCGAGAUAGCG